AUGGAAGAAUCAAAUAAGCUCAAUUACUAUCAAGAAAUGAAAUCAUGUGCAGAAGAUCUCAAAAUUAUGACGCAGUUAGCUCUACUACAAAAUGGAUCGAGUGACCAACAAAUUAUUUCUAAUUUAAAAAACAAAAUUCGCAAACAAUACAGUCCUGAUAAAGAUCAAAAUAGUAUAGAAGAAGAUAUUGAUCUAGUCUUUAAAGAUUUAUUGAAGGGUGCAAACAUUUUAAACGUAUACGAACAACUUCGAACUCCACAACGCAUUUUUACACAAGCUAAAAAAUAUGUUUGCUGGCAUCCAAGAAAUCGGUUCCGAACAAGAUUUUUAUGA